AUGUUGCCCAAGCUACCAAUACCGGGGAUCAGCUCGCACAGCCAUUCACCAUCUAACUCGGUGUCACAUCGUCGAACCCCAACGAACAACAUACUCUACCAUAUCAUCUCCCAGUUGCGGCCUGGUGCUGAUCUGAGUCGAGUCGUGCUGCCAACGUUCCUUCUGGAGCCUCGAUCGAUGCUGGAAAGAAUCACAAAAGGUGUCAAGAAGCCCCUUAACCCCAUCCUAGGUGAAACAUUCACAGGUUACUGGGAAUAUCCGGAUGGCACGCGGGGCUAUUAUAUAGCUGAGCAGACGUCACACCAUCCACCCAAAUCCAGCUACUUCUUCAUGGCGCCGGAGCAUAAUAUCAGAAUAGACGGUACCUUGAAGCCCAGGAGCAGAUUCUUGGGCAAUUCUGCAGCAAGCAUGAUGGAGGGAAUCUCAUACAUGGAGUUCAUGAAUCGAGGAAAGGAGAAAGGACAUGGCGAGCGAUAUAUCAUUACCCAGCCGAACAUGUACGCCCGCGGAAUCCUGUUUGGAAAAAUGAAGUAUGAACUUGGAGAUCACAGUUACGUGAAAUGCCCAGAAAACCAUUUCGUCGCCGAUCUUGAAUUUAAAACCCGAGGCUACUUCUCCGGGACAUACAAUGCAAUUGGCGGAUCCAUCAAAAACGAUGAGACAGGAGAGGUAUACUAUGAGCUUUCAGGGCUAUGGAACGGAGAAAUGUUCAUUAGAGAUGUCACGACGGGACAGAAGGAAUUGCUUUUCAAUGCCACGCAUGCAAAGCAUACUCCGCCUCUUACUCGACCACUUGAAGAACAGACAAGCCGUGAAUCUCAAAAGCUUUGGCACAAUACUGUUCAAGCGUUGUUAGAGAGAAAUCAGGAACUUGCAACCGACGAGAAGACGAAGAUCGAAGACCGACAGCGAGAGGAGGCUGCUGCAAGGGCCCAUGAAAAUAUUGAAUGGAGACCUAAGCUUUUCCGCGCUGUUCAUGGCGGCCCGGGAGGAUCAGAAGAAGGAAGAGAAAAUCUUGACUGGAUCAUAAACGCCCAUAUUGAUCCACAUAACCCUUCUAAAGCUGUAGAGCAAAUUCUCGCAUUCACUGCGAUUCUCCCUGGACAAAAAGUAAACCACGAUCUUGAUAUUCCCCCACAAACACCAAAAGCAGUAAAAACCAACCAGGUUAAGGAUUCACUUCUCGAUUGUGACGGUAGUGAAACCGUACCAGGGAAUGUACAGCACAAGCCCCAGCCUUAUGAGGAUCUUCUCGGCGACUCUGUUAAUAGUCACUACGAAAGUAAUAAUCAUGCCGCUGUAGGUGCUGGCGCUGGCAUGAUGACUCCUCUUCAGCCCACCGUUUCGAGCAACAAUGCUACUCAGCAGAAACCCAUUGCUAAGCAUGAUCAGAACCCUGGCAUGGGUGGACUGUUUGAUGCCGAACCCUGA